UUGGUCGGUCGAUUUUAGUUGAAUGCGCGUGCUAGCAACGAACCAAAGUGCAAUAACAACUACUUCUUGUUUUUAAAGUUGUCCCACGAUAUUGUAGCAGCUGAAAACGUUUGUGCAGAGAUACAUAUUUAACAAAAACACGGCACACAGCUAAACAGAGAGAGCAGAGCAUGUGUAGUUGCAGCCAAAGGUCCAACAACAACUAUUAACAACCACUGCAAUUUCGCCGGUCGCCGUCACCGCUCUGCCUUCUUCUGCGCACAAACUUAUUCAAAUUUUGCGUUCUAUGCCAAACAAAGUGCGUCGCAUAAAGUUUUACAAAGAAAUUAAGAAAAAAAUUCAGUGCACGUUUAAAAAUGUAAACAAAUAAAUUAAACGGCAAAUACAAAAAGAAAAAAUUGUGUGCGCGCGCAAUUUGCUGUUGUUUUUUUUACUCCGUGUCGGUGUAUUGGUUAACUACAUAUACACAUACAUAUGUACAUAUGUGUGUGUUUGUGCAGCCGCAGACAACAAAAGAAAAUUUGCAAGCAGCCCUGUAGUUGCCGCCGCCGCCGCCACCACUUCGCCACCUUCGCAAACCACUCUCCACAUCUCCGUCUAUGUGUCCUGCCUGAGCCGUUAUUUGUGCACUGCCAAUAAACAGUAACAAAUAAGCAAACGAAUUUUCUUAGCUUUAACUUUUUAUAUAACUUUUGCAAAGAUUCAACGAAAUCAUUAAGGGAACCAAAAUGGCUCUAAUAAGACUGGCAAGACAACUUGGCCUUAUUGAUACAAUUUAUGUGGAUGGUGCACAAGCAAAUGCCGAGCAGCCGCACAACGCUGACGCACAGGACGAAGAAGAUAACGACUUGGUAACGCACACAUCACCAGCUAUUACAGUGCCAACGGGAAAGACAAAAAAAUCUCGCAAAUCUAAGCAGCUAGCUAUGCAACCGUACAGUUAUGUGAUCGCCGUAGACUUUGAGGCCACCUGCUGGGAGAAACAGGCACCGCCCCAGUGGCGUGAAGCCGAAAUUAUUGAAUUUCCCGCCGUGCUGGUCAAUCUGAAGACGGGCAAGAUUGAGGCCCAAUUUCAUAAGUACGUGAUGCCCAUAGAGUCCCCACGUCUGAGCAGCUACUGCAUCGAACUGACGGGCAUACAACAGAAGACCGUGGACAAUGGUGUGCCUCUCCAGACAGCACUUACGAUGUUCCACGAAUGGCUGCGCAAAGAGUUGCGUGCACGAAAUCUGACGCUGCCCAAAAUGCGGAAAGACAACAUACUGGGGAACUGCGCAUUUGUCACAUGGACCGAUUGGGAUUUCGGCAUCUGCCUUUCCAAGGAGUGCAGUCGCAAGCACAUACGCAAGGCGUACUAUUUCAAUCAGUGGAUCGAUGUACGCGCCAUAUAUAGGCAGUGGUAUAAAUACAGGCCGUGCAAUUUUAGCGAUGCCCUCACGCAUGUCGGACUCACAUUCGAGGGACGUGCACACUCAGGCAUUGAUGACGCCAAGAACCUGGGCGCACUCAUGUGCAAAAUGGUACGCGAUGGCGCACUUUUCUCCAUAACCAAGGAUCUGACGCCAUAUCAACAGCUGAAUACCAACUGUGGGUUGUGAGCAGCCCAACAGAAUCCAAAGAAAAAUGCACUUAGUGACUUUCAGGAUUCCAAUACUGAUUUACUCAUUAAUAUGUUUGGCCGGCAUACAAAAUCAAUGUAAUAUAGCUAUAAUUAUAUAUUCAUUAUGCAUCAAUUAAUGCCCUGACAACGUUCUACAAAAAUUCUUUUAUAAUUUUAUGUUUUGUUUUUGAUAACUGCAAUUGAUAAGACUUGAAAUUUUGUAAACAAAAUUUUGUAAAUGCCAUUAAAAAUAUUUGAGCAGGCUGCGAAUUCUAGAUUGGCCCUUCAUUUUAACAAACUAUAUUCGCACCUGUGCAGCAACAAUGCUUUCAUUAUACUUAAUUCAUACUCGUAAAAUACAUUAGAGCAUAUUUUUCUACAAUUCAUAUACUUUAUACUUCAUAAUUGUAGUCUAUCUCGUACUAUAUACAUUCAACGCAAUACUUACAUACAUAUGUAAACGACUUACAUGGCCUACCAUUUGGGUUUUAGCCUUAAAUGCCUAACUAAUAAAACGACAAUAGC